CUUUCCCAAUUAUACAAUCGACAUAGCAUCAAGACACACAAAAGAUGUCCGACCACCCAGCCAUUGCAAGCCUCCUGAUCACGCUCGGCCUCCGCGCGACUUCCACCUCACCCGCCCCCAACUACGCAGCAGGUUAUAUAAUCGGCAACUGGUUCCUCGCCCACGGCAUUCUCAACCCCCGAGCAGCCAUACGACGACUCGGACAAGACCCCAACAAUGCUCCCCGCGAGAACCUGCUCAAAUACGGCGAAGCAGCUGUGCAAGCCGGAAAGGUCACCCGAGGCCAACUGAACCGACUCAGACGGCGGGAGGCUGCCUAUGAGAGUGUCAUCGAGGGAUUUCCGCUGUUUAUCGCGGGGGUCUUUCUCGCCCUUCAUGCAGGUGUCCCGACCGAGAUCAUCAACUGGAUUGGGCUGUGGUUUUCGCUGAUGCGGGUGGCAUAUGCAAUCGCGGCCGUGGCGAUUGAAUCGGACCAACUGAGCUUUGUGCCGUCGCUGCUGUGGUGGUUGGGCAAUGUGGGUUGCCUGACAGCGUUGAUGUUGGCCGGGAAGAGGCUGUGAUAUUUCUUCCCUCUCCUUGAGCAGAACAAGCUCUUUUGGGAAAGCUUUGCGGGUGGAUGGUUUCAAAUUUGGCCGUGUCGACUAUCUGGAUACUAUUGCAGACGGAAAAUACUCGUGAUCCGGGUUCAUGUUUCCGAUGAAAGUGGGGGAGGUUGGGGACGCCAGAUCUGCGGGGUUGCCGAGGUUGAGGGGUCGGGGAAAUGAGGGCCGCGACGAUCUUUCAGGGGGGACAGUUUUGAUGGUUUCGGUAGAGGUAGUCGAGUCUUGCGUGUCUGCUGUCCGAUUUCUGGUACCGACCAUCUCUCAGUUCAUAAUCAGUCACUACGCUAGUGUAUGGUGUUUUGUGCUCCGAAAUCCAUCUAUAGCACUUCGCGGAAAAUCGCAAGAGAGCGACAUCGGGGACUAACCCCAGAUAUAACUCCUCCUUGUAUAAACCAUUUACCACAUUGCUUUUGCGGGGAAAGGAAU